AUGAAUGAUAACUUAGGAAUAUUGAAUAAUAGAUUUCAUAUGAAAGCUAUACAGAAUAGAAAGAGAUUUCAUUCUGUUGAUUAAUAUUCAAAUUCAGAAGCAAAAGAAGGCAAGAAAAAAAAUGAAUAUUAUUAGAGAUGGUUAACAAAUUAAAAAGAAUGUCAUUAGAAAAUACCUUCUGAAUCAAAUAUUGAAUCUUUUACACCUUCAACUCCUUAAGCUCAGAUUCCAAUAUAAUUAGAACCAAAACUUCUUAAAGACAUUAUGAAUAAAUAUUUCAAAGCAGAGUAAUGA